ACGUAACGUUAUAAUUUAGUUUUUGAGUUCCUCACUUCCUUAUUAUGUAUUUAGCUGUUACUUGUUAGCAUACCCCUUCACAAUACAGUGAUAGUGUAAUCUAACUAGUAAAAGAUACAUCGUGAUCGUAGACGUACAAAAAUGUCUUUAAAAAGAGUGUUGGUGGUAAAUAAAACCUUUCCUAAAGCCGGCUUGGAGUUGUUACAGACGAAAUUAGAAGCAACAGUGUUACCAUAUCUAGACCACCAGCCGGAAUGUCUCCCUACAAUAAAGAAAAACAUAUUUGGAUACGACGCGUUGAUUUGGAAUACAAAACAUAAACUUACAGAAGAAAUUUUAGAUUUAGCUGGUCCUCAAUUAAAAGUAGUCACAGCCAUGGCAUCAGGUUUCGACCACAUCGACGUCGCAGAACUUAUCCGUCGGGGACUUCCUCUGGGCAAUACCCCGAACGUUUUAGAUGACGCCGUUGCGGAUAUAACUGUGGGUCUGCUCAUUGGUGCUGCGAGAGGGUUCAAAGCUGGCAUACAAGAAGUGGAAAGGGGACAAUGGAAGUAUGGUGUACAAUGGAGCUUGGGCCGUCAUAUUGCUGGCAGCACAGUUGGGAUCGUCGGUCUGGGGGGAGUAGGUCAAGCAGUUGUACAGCGGCUGAAGGCAUUUAAUGUUGGAAAAUUCAUUUACAGUGGAAGAUCGGACAAACCUGAAGCUGCAUCUUUGGGUGCUGUUCGAGUUUCAUUAGAAGAUCUUUUGAAGGAAAGUGACUUCGUCGUGCUUUGUUGUCCGUUCACUCCGGAAACCAAACACCUCAUAACUGCAGAAAGACUGAAGAUGAUGAAGAAUACCGCAGUUUUGGUGAACAUAGCGCGUGGAGGUGUAAUUGACCAAGAUGCAUUGUACGAGGCACUGAAGGAACAGCGUAUCUUCGCCGCUGGUCUAGACGUCACGACGCCGGAACCAAUACCACAGGAUCACCCAUUGGUAGCAUUACCAAAUUGCUUUAUAUUGCCGCAUUUAGGAAGUGCAACGGUGGAAACCAGAGACGCCAUGGCGAAGAUGAGUGCAACCAAUGUAAUAUUGGCACUUGAGGGAAAACCAAUGCUGCACCAAGUUUGCUAAUAUGUAUUAACUGUUAUACACCGCUAUUUCAAAAUAAAAAUAAAAAAGCCUGGUUUAUCAGUCA